AAGCUGUCUUGGCGAUCAUUUGUCCUACAGUUUGUCCUGACCCAGGCUGUUCUUCUGAGUCCGGAAAGAAGAAGAAGAUGCCCAUGAGCCCCACAGGGAGGAAUCCUGCAGCCUGCACUUCUCAGGUGUGCCAGGUCAUUGGUGGGCUCUGACCCACAGGAACGUCAGAGCAGGAGGAGCAGGUGUGCUGUCAGGACACCCCAGCCCAUGGGGAAGGAGGCUUCGGUCGCUGUGGGACUUGGGCAGAAGAUGAGAGGCAGCUGGCCGUGAGGGAGGCACACUCCCUCCCAGCGAUUGCACUGUGCGACCAUGUGGUUUGGGACAGGACACCCCUGAGAGAGCAGGCAUCUCCCCCUCCUACCCCUCUGUCCCUUUGGGGGCUGUCCCUGGCCCCCACCCCCCAGACCAUCCCUGGGCAGGCUGAGCAGGGUCUCCCGCAAGGGCGGUCCCGAUGGCCGGGCGCAGGUGGGGAGCACUAUGGGUGUGCGUGGUGGCCGCCACCCUUUUGCACGAGGGCGGGCUGGCCCGCGGUGACUGCUGGCUGAUCGAGGGUGACAAGGGCUUCGUGUGGCUGGCCAUCUGCAGCCAGAACCAGCCGCCUUACGAGGCCAUCCCACAACAGAUCAACAACACCAUUGUGGACCUGCGGCUCAACGAGAAUCGCAUCCGCAGCGUUCAGUAUGCCUCCCUGAGCCGCUUCGGCAACCUCACGUACCUCAAUCUCACCAAGAAUGAGAUCGGCUACAUCGAGGACGGUGCCUUCUCGGGCCAGUUCAACCUGCAGGUGCUGCAGCUGGGCUACAACAGGCUGCGCAACCUCACGGAGGGCAUGCUGCGUGGUCUGGGCAAGCUGGAGUACCUGUACCUGCAGGCCAACCUCAUCGAGGUGGUCAUGGCCAGCGCCUUCUGGGAGUGCCCCAACAUCAUCAACAUCGACCUAUCCAUGAACCGCAUCCAGCAGCUCAACAGCGGCACCUUCGUCGGCCUGGCCAAGCUGUCCGUGUGCGAGCUGUACAGCAACCCCUUCUACUGCUCCUGCGAGCUCCUGGGCUUCCUGCGCUGGCUGGCGGCCUUCACCAACGCCACGCAGACCUACGACCGCAUGCAGUGUGAGUCUCCGCCCAUCUACUCCGGUUACUUCCUCCUGGGCCAGGGCCGUCAUGGCCACCGCAGCAUCCUCAGCAAACUGCAGUCUGUCUGCACUGAGGACUCUUACACAGCCGAAGUGGCCGUUCCCCGCCUGGUGCCUGGACGUUCGCAACCAGGCCGCUCGCCACCGCCACCACCACCACCGGAGCCCAGCGACAUGCCCUGCGUGGAUGACGAGUGCUUCUCGGGGGACGGUACCACGCCGCUGGUAGCCCUGCCCACACUGGCCACGCAGGCUGAGGCCCGUCCCCUCAUUAAAGUCAAGCAGCUGACACAGAACUCGGCCACCAUCACGGUCCAGCUGCCCAGCCCGUUUAACCGCAUGUACACUCUGGAGCAUUUCAACAACAGCAAGUCCUCCACCGUGUCCAGGCUGACCAAAGCCCAGGAAGAGAUCCGCCUCACCAACCUGUACACACUCACCAACUAUACCUACUGUGUGGUGUCCACCAGCUCCGGGCUGCACCACAACCACACAUGCCUCACCAUCGGCCUGCCCAAGCCACCCAGCCCACCUGGCCCAGUGCCCAGCCCCUCCACGGCCACCCACUACAUCAUGACCAUCCUGGGCUGCCUCUUUGGCAUGGUGCUGGUGCUCGGCGCCGUCUACUACUGCCUGCGGAAGCGGCGGCGCCAGGAAGAGAAGCACAAGAAGGCCGCUGCAGCAGCCGCAGCCGGCAGCCUGAAGAAGACCAUCAUUGAGCUCAAGUACGGGCCCGAGAUGGAGGCGCCUGGCCUGGCCCCACUGUCCCAGGGCCCACUGCUGGGCCCUGAGGCUGUGACUCGCAUCCCGUACCUGCCUGCGGCCACCAGCGAGAUAGAACAGUACAAGCUGGUGGAGAGCAGCGAGACACCCAAGCCCAGCAAAGGCAACUACAUCGAGGUGCGCACGGGGGAGCAGCCGGAGCGCAGAGACUGUGAGCUGGGCCGGCCGGGCCCCGACAGCCAGAGCUCAGUGGCCGAAAUCUCCACCAUAGCCAAGGAGGUGGACAAGGUCAACCAGAUCAUCAACAACUGCAUUGAUGCGCUCAAGUCUGAGUCCACCUCCUUCCAGGGCGUCAAGUCCGGGGCCAUGUCCACGGCGGAGCCGCAGCUGGUGCUGCAGUCUGAGCCGCUGGCCGGCAAGCACAGCUUCCUGUCACCUGUGUACAAGGACACCUUCAGCCACGGCCUGCAGCGGCACCACAGCGUGGAGGCUGCAACCGGGCCCCCACGGGCCAGCACCUCAUCCAGCGGCUCUGCACGCAGCCCCCGUGCCUUCCGUGCCGAGGCCACCGGUGUGCACAAGGCUGCGGCCGAGGCCAAGUACAUCGAGAAGAGUGCGCCUGCGACCGACGCCAUCCUCACUGUGACGCCCGCAGCUGCUGUGCUGCGGGCCGAGGCCGAGAAGAGCCGCCAGUAUGGCGAGCACCGGCACUCAUACCCUGGCUCCCACCCAGUGGAGCCACCCGCGCCACCCGCGCCCCCGCCACCCCAUGAGGGCCUGGGCGGCCGCAAGGCAUCCAUCCUGGAGCCCCUGACCCGGCCGCGGCCCCGCGACCUCGCCUACUCGCAGCUGUCCCCGCAGUAUCACAACCUGAGCUACUCCUCUAGCCCCGAGUACACCUGCAGGGCCUCCCAGAGCAUCUGGGAGCGCUUCAGACUGAGCCGGCGGCGGCACAAGGACGACGAGGAGUUCAUGGCGGCCGGCCAUGCCCUGCGCAAAAAGGUUCAGUUCGCCAAAGACGAGGAUCUCCAUGACAUCCUGGACUACUGGAAGGGUGUGUCGGCCCAGCACAAGUCCUGAGCCCUCGUGCCAGGUGCCCGGUGCCCUCGCCCAGCCCCUGAGCCCCUCCCCGAAACUCGUGAUGCCCACUGGACCAAAAAGGAUACAAGAUCCACUGCAGCUAUCUGUAACCCAGAGACUCUCACCGCAAAACCCACACACACGCACAACACACCACAGCAAUGGUUAAAGCCUGGGGUCCCUGCAGAGGCCACGGGGGGCUGGUGACAGCAACAGCAAGCCAGUGUUUUGAUGUUCAUGUCAGCUGCCCCAAGAUGCGGUCACUGACCAGUGCAAGCAGUGUGUCCACACACACACACACACACACAUACACACAUUCACACGCACACAGACACACAUACACAAGGGACUUCAGAAAACUGUGUCUUAGGGAUGGGGGUGGGGGUGGGGAAUUUGUUUUUUCAUUAUCUUUCCUCUU